AUGGAUCUCGUGUUGGAAAUCGCAGACUCCUUUGUCCUCGAUAAGCUCUACGCCAAGGCCUUGCCCAAGGACGGUGCCGUGGCUCAGUACUUCAAUAGCCAUUUUGGUUCCAAAAACGCAACCACAACACAUGGCAUCCCGGCUCCAGUGACCUACUUGGCCUCCAUGGCGGGUAAGCUCCAGAGAAAAGACGAGGUCUAUGGUCACUUCCCACAGUUCUUCGAUUUUGACGAAUAUACCCACGCGUCGAUGCUUCUGAGAAGCAACUUGGUGCGUGAGUUCUUGUCCAUCUUUGUUAUCACGGCGGUGUUUGGAUGGCUCUUGUACUUUUCCGUGGCGUCGCUUUCGUACUUCUUCGUGUUUGACAAGAAGAUCUUCAACCACCCUCGUUUCUUGAAGAACCAGGUGUCGUUGGAGAUCUACAGAGCCUCCACGGCUAUCCCAGUGAUGGUGCUUCUCACGGUGCCCUUCUUCUUGGCCGAGCUCAACGGCUUCUCGAAGUUGUACUUUUCAGUCAACGAAUCCACAGGCGGCUGGAAGGCCAUUUUCUUGCAGUUCCCCUUUUUCAUUCUUUUCACAGACUGCGGCAUCUACUUCAUCCACAGAUGGCUCCACUGGCCCUCGGUCUACAAGAAGUUGCACAAGCCCCACCACAAGUGGAUCGUGUGCACGCCCUUUGCAUCCCACGCCUUCCACCCUGUUGACGGCUGGUUCCAGUCGUUGCCAUACCACCUCUAUCCAUUGGUGUUCCCCUUGCACAAGGUGUCGUACCUUCUUUUGUUCACGUUUGUGAACUUCUGGACCGUCAUGAUCCACGACGGCCAGUACAUGCUGAACGACCCUGUGGUGAACGGUACCGCCUGCCACACGGUGCACCACUUGUACUUCAACUACAACUACGGUCAGUUCACCACCUUGUGGGACCGUUUGGGCCGCUCGUACAGAAGACCCGAGGACUCGUUGUUCGCCAAGGACACCGACAAGAGCGCCGAGGAGAAGGAGUGGAAGGAGCAGACCAGAAAGAUGGAGGCCAUCAGAGGAGAGCUCGAGGGUAAGGAUGACGACAGGGAAAAGUCUGAAGAGACCGAAAAGUCUGGAAAGUCUGAAAAGACCGAAAAGUCUGGAAAGUCUGAAGAGACCGAAAAGUCUGAGAAGACCGAAAAGUCUGAAGAGACCGAAACGACCAAAAAGACACACCUUCCGUUGAAACUAGAUACUACAUUCGUCUUCCAAAACUUGGGAGGUGAUGGUCGGCGGAUAGCAAGUGAGUUUGGAAGCGAAUUGGAUGGACCCUGGUAUACGUUUCAAGAGGUUUGUUGCAAAAUCCACGACAAUUUUGUAAAAGUCACCGAGCUACACUUUGUGGCAUCCGAAGAGCACCUUGAUGACGUAGGUGGAGUUUUAAAGGAAGCACGACUCGAGAACGGCGUUGCAUCGUUUGGUUCGGGCCCCCAUCCGGAGAAGUUGAAAGCUGUUUUUGAAGUUCGUCAAACUUUCAUCACAUUCGACUGGUGUUCUUAUGAAAUGCCCAUGCCGAUUAUUGGUGGCUGCUUCAUAGCAAUGGGAGACGACAGGGAGAUACUUCUAGGCCCAAAGUUCCCGAUGACUCACCUGGUUUUUGGAGUUGGGUCAGAGUUUACCUCUGAAUCGAAACACAGCAUCCGUAAAGAUGUUUCUGUAACUCUCAAGGCCGACUAUGCAAAGCCCUCUUGGUUCACCCAAAGAGAGUAUCAUCGAAUUGUGACACCCGGAACGGCCAUUCCAGACAUUCUCCUUUUACAGCUUCAGGUCGAUCUGAAUUCUGCCAUGUCCUUCAAUCUCUUGAGAAUACUGAUUGAGCUUCAGGAAUUCACUUGUGUGUGGAGGCAUGGGAAGUUUUACAAGGAAGUGAGGAACAAGACUUUGCUUGAGAAUGAGAUACAUGACUUUCUUCCUGCUUCUGGAACACCAUUCAAGAUUCCAAAGAAAGUGUACGACUGUAAAUUACCCGAGGUGGGUCCCAGUUUCUCAUGCCAAGGGUUCACAAGAAGCUAUGGCUUGAAAACGCACAUCACACUCUGCAGCAAAAGCCACCCCGAAACCGCUUUGGAGUCGUUUUUCGAGUUGAAUAUGGCGGAGGUGAAGGCUGAGCGUAUCAAGCAAAGCGAUGCUACCAACGACGAAAGGUAUCUUGGGCGAAGGGCCGAUGUUCCAGAGCGCUACCUCAUGAGAAGCUUUGAGCUUAAUGCCGAGAUGAAAGGCAUUUUGGAGACAUAUCGCAAAUGUUUCAGCAAGCCAGAACUCUCUGGAUAUCUGCUUCGAUUAUGGCAAUGUGGUACUCGGGCGGUAUUGUACUUGGGUAUGGAAGCCUCGGCAGGUUGGAAGCCAAGAGAGAAGAUUGAACGCAACGAUUGCUUUGAGGCAAAGCCAGAUAGAAAAGGGACCCACCUUGCCGUAAAAAUAAUAGACCGGCCCAUCCACGGCGGCGAAAGCUCAACUACUAAAAAACCCUAUCUUGCAGUGUGUAUGAUGCACGGCAAACAGGUUGCUGGAAACCUCUCGAAUAUCGAUUUUGGAAGAUUCCAAAGAGCAUCUUGCGUUUCUUUCUACUCCAUAGGAGAUGAGCAAUUCCCACUAGCAGUUUAUCUUGGCCGGCCUGCUGGUGGUCACUUUGAAAGGCAGUGUAGGUGGAACGAUACAUUUCUUGCGACCCCAGGAACGAAACUAUGUGAUGUGUUUGAUAUCAAGUUUGUGCUUCCGAUAAGCUUCGAGGAGGCCCAAAGAAAUGGCUUGAAGCGAGAAAUCUUGUUUCAUCUACAGCGGAUCGAAAUUCGUUAUAUCAACCGUGAAUGCCACAGUGGUUGUAAUCACAAAAGAGAGACACUUUUGCUCAGUAAGGAUCUCAGAUACCAGAGAGGUUGUGGUUUUCUGUGGAGAUCAUUCCAAGAUGAAGUUCCCGGCAGUCCUCAUGCUCGUGCCAUUUCCAUCCCUGCUCAUGUCUUCGAUAUCAGCAUUCCAAGGGACGUGAACCUGUUUCUGAUGGAAAUGUCUUACUCCCGCAGCACCAAGUUGAAAGGAACAUUGUUCUUUUCUUUGUUGGGACGCAACUACGAAUUCACCUGGUCCUCGAUACUACUAGUUACCGAGCCGGAUGACACAAUCAUUCACGACAGAGACGAGAAGAACAAAUGGCAAAAGCCACGGAAGCAGCAGCAGCAGCAGCAGCAGCAGCAGCAGCAGCAGCAGCAGCAGCAGCAGCGUCAGAGGGCAGGCUGA